AUGGAUCAGCAGCAAGACGGCGGAGGCGGCGUCUAUCUGCCGAAAUCUGCGGCCGUGGCGGCGUGCGCUGCCAUGGCCGUUUUCUAUGUUGCGGUUCUGUAUUUCCCUACGCUGAUUCUCCGAUUACCCCCGCCGGAUUCUUUUACAUCCUUUAUGAUACGGCGUUUCGCGUGCGCAGCCGUGUCCUCCGUCGUUUCCCUCGCUCUCUGCUCUCUCAUCCUCCCCAUAGGAAAGUGGGAUACAUCGAUAUUGCUUGGUGUUUAUGGAAUCAGACUGGAUCAUAGCUGGCAAGCUUUGGUCUUUCCUCUUUUAUUGACUUCCCUCAUGUACUCUGGGACCUUUACUCUGAGACUUUUAUCAAUGUUCCAUGCAAGCAACGAGCAUUUAAGUCUCGGAAGUCUAUCAAUCAUAUAUAUCAAGAGCGUUUUAUUGAAGAUCAUAGAUUUGGUAGUUUCAACAGCUUACUCUGUGUCAGCCUGGCGUAACUAUGUUGUGGCACCACUUACAGAAGAGUUGGUAUUCCGAGCUUGUAUGAUUCCUUUGCUACUGUGUGGAGGAUUCAGUACCUACACUGUGGUAUUUCUUUGUCCAAUAUUUUUCAGUUUAGCUCAUUUGAAUCACUUACUGGAGUUAUAUGUCCAGAAAAAAUGCAGUUUUCCCAAAGCUUGUCAAGUUGUAGGUUUCCAACUAGGGUACACCAUCAUCUUUGGGGCGUAUGCAUCAUUUCUUCUUGUCCGUACUGGGCAUCUAGUUGCUCCACUCAUUGCUCAUAUAUUUUGCAAUUUCAUGGGGUUGCCUGUAAUAUUUUCCAGUAGGUCUGGUAUGAUAAGUGUGGCUUUUUUACUGGGAAUGCUAAGCUUUUUCUGGAUGCUUUUCCCAAUGUCCAGUCCACAUUUGUAUAACGAUAGAGAAGAUGAUUGCAAGUGUUGGCAUAGAUACUGUAACUGGAACUAA